GUUUAUUAUCCAGUGAGACAUCAUUUGGUUCAACAUAUGGUUAGUGCCAUGCAGAGAUUGGGCUUCACUCCCAGUGUUACAAUAGAGCAAAGAAAAUUAGCUGUGGAUCUUGCUGAAGUGGUUAUUAAAUGGGAAUUGCAAAGAAUUAAAGACCAGCAGCCAGACUCGGAUAUGGACUCGAAUGCAAGUGGAGAAGGAGCAAGUUCUGCCUCAUCUGCUGUCAAAAGAGGAUUGUCUGUGGAUUCUGGCCAAGAAGUGAAACGAUUCAGGACAGCUACAGGAGCAAUAAGUGCUGUGUUUGGGCGCAGCCAGUCCCUGCCGGGAGCUGAUGCCCUUCUUGCCAAGCCCAUUGACAAGCAGCACACAGAUACAGUGGUGAAUUUCCUGAUCAGAAUUGCUUGCCAGGUAAAUGACAACUCCAACACUGCAGGAUCUCCUGGAGAGUUGCUGUCUCGACGCUGUGUCAACCUGCUGAAAACAGCUCUGCGACCAGACAUGUGGCCAAAGUCAGAGCUGAAGUUGCAGUGGUUUGAUAAGCUGCUAAUGACUGUGGAACAACCCAAUCAGGCCAACUUUGCCAACAUCUGCACUGGCUUAGAGGUCUUAAGUUUCCUCUUGACCGUUCUGCAGCCUCCUGCUAUCCUUAGCAGCUUCAAGCCCCUGCAGAGAGGGGUGGCAGCCUGUAUGACCUGUGGGAACACCAAGGUGCUGAGGGCAGUGCACAGUUUGCUCUCUCGUCUCAUGGGCAUUUUCCCCACAGAACCAAGUACCUCAAGUGUGGCUUCAAAGUAUGAAGAGCUGGAGUGUCUUUAUGCUGCAGUUGGAAAGGUUAUCUAUGAAGGACUCACUAAUUAUGAAAAGGCCACCAAUGCUAACCCUUCCCAGCUCUUUGGGACUCUAAUGAUCCUGAAAUCUGCUUGCAGCAACAACCCAAGCUACAUUGACAGGCUCAUCUCAGUGUUCAUGAGGUCUCUGCAGAAAAUGGUCAGGGAACACCUGAACCCACAGGCCACAGCAGGAGCAGCAGAAGCAAACACAGCAGGUACAAGUGAGCUGGUAAUGCUGAGCCUGGACCUUGUGAAAACUCGCCUGGCUGUGAUGAGCAUGGAAAUGAGGAAAAACUUCAUCCAAGCCAUUCUAACAUCUCUGAUUGAAAAAUCGACUGAUGCUAAAAUUCUUCGUGCAGUGGUGAAAAUAGUGGAGGAGUGGGUGAAAAACAACUCCCCAAUGGCAGCUAAUCAGACGCCUACUCUGCGUGAGAAGUCCAUUUUGCUAGUGAAAAUGAUGACUUACAUUGAGAAGCGAUUUCCAGAAGACCUUGAGUUAAAUGCUCAGUUCUUAGACCUUGUUAACUAUGUCUACAGGGAUGAGAACCUUUCAGGGAGUGAGCUGACAGCCAAGCUGGAGCCUGCGUUUCUCUCUGGGUUGCGUUGUGCCCAACCUCUCAUCCGAGCCAAGUUCUUUGAGGUGUUUGACAACUCCAUGAAGCGCCGUGUGUACGAGAGGCUGCUCUACGUCACCUGCUCCCAGAACUGGGAGGCCAUGGGCAACCACUUCUGGAUAAAGCAGUGCAUUGAGCUGCUGCUGGCAGUGUGUGAGAGGAACACUACCAUUGGGACCAGCUGCCAAGGUGCUAUGCUGCCUUCUAUCACCAAUGUCAUCAACCUUGCUGACAGUCACGACAGAGCAGCCUUUGCCAUGGUGACCCAUGUCAAACAGGAGCCUCGGGAGAGGGAAAACAGUGAAUCCAAAGAGGAGGAUGUGGAAAUAGACAUUGAACUGGCUCCAGGGGAUCAGACCAGUACACCCAAAACGAAGGAGCUCUCCGAGAAGGACAUUGGCAAUCAGCUGCACAUGUUGACCAACAGGCAUGACAAAUUUCUUGACUCUCUUCGAGAGGUGAAGACUGGAGCAUUGCUGAGUGCCUUUGUUCAGCUAUGUCAUAUUUCCACCCCAUUAGCAGAGAAGACUUGGAUACAGCUUUUUUCAAGGCUUUGGAAAAUCUUGUCUGAUAGACAACAACAUGCUCUGGCAGGUGAAAUAAGCCCUUUCCUGUGCAGUGGGAGCCACCAAGUGCAGCGAGAUUGCCAGCCAAGUGCUCUGAACUGCUUUGUGGAAGCAAUGUCACAGUGUGUCCCUCCCAUCCCCAUUAGACCUUGUGUGCUGAAGUACUUGGGAAAAACUCAUAACCUCUGGUUCCGUUCUACUCUGAUGCUGGAACAUCAAGCCUUUGAGAAAGGACUGAGCCUGCAGAUUAAACCUAAACAGACAACAGAGUUUUAUGAGCAAGAAAGCAUAACUCCUCCUCAGCAGGAAAUCCUGGAUUCCCUUGCUGAGCUCUACUCCUUGUUACAAGAAGAGGAUAUGUGGGCUGGGCUGUGGCAGAAACGCUGUAAAUUCCCAGAGACAGCAACAGCUAUUGCCUAUGAGCAGCAUGGAUUCUUUGAGCAGGCACAAGAAACAUAUGAAAAAGCAAUGGAGAAGGCUAAGAAGGAGCAUGAACGGAACAAUGCUUCCCCUUCCAUCUUCCCUGAGUAUCAGCUUUGGGAAGACCACUGGAUUCGUUGCUCAAAAGAAUUGAACCAGUGGGAACCUUUGACAGAAUAUGGGCAGUCAAAAGGGCAUAUAAAUCCUUACCUGGUGUUGAAGUGUGCAUGGAGGGUCUCAAACUGGAUUGCUAUGAAGGAAGCUCUGGUGCAG